AGGGGUGGGGGAAACAAGGGUGGAAGAGAGAGAGACAAUACGAUUCCACAAAAUUAUUCCGGUGCACCGUCACUCCAGCAUCGCUUAAUAAGGAGCAUCAUUUUAAUCUCCUGUCUCAUACCUUCUACAAACCGAGCUCGACAGCACAGGAGGGAUUUUUUUUUCCGUUUCUACUGCAGAGGUGCCUUUGGUUCCGCGUCGUUGAUGACUAUUUUUCGCCAGAAGACGGGAAGAAAUCUCGGCACUUUCCCCAGACCUUAUCAGCACAGCCAUCUCUAUUGUUUGGGGUCACAAGACAAGAGCCACCACUUGGGCAAGAUUGUUAUCUUCAAACACAGAGUCAGUUGCAGCUUUCAGAUUAGAGGAGACCCCCUUUGUUACAUGUCAAAAAUAUUUAGGAACACAUACGUGCAUUCAGAAUAAAAUCAACAGUUCGGGUUUAAGAUAAAGCAAUAUUACCGUUUUAGGCCUUAAAUUGUAGUUUUAAUUUUGCAGCGAUUGACGAAAGGCGAUGCCCAGGAUGGGAGAUGAUGUUUUAUUGUAACAGAAACCAAAGCAAGUCCUUCUGCUGAUUUUCAACCCUGUUGUGGGAAUACCCUUACAGAGAAACAUCAAGGACCUACAAUUUUAAAAGUUGUUCAAAAGUGUAAGAAGUUAUUCUUUCUCACUAUAAAGCAAAAGAAAACUGAAGAUGAUGCUGAGCCCUGACCAACCCGACUCCGACCAUCCGUGGGCUCAGUCCGAUGCUGAAUCGGUACUAAACGAUAUGAAAGUCGGGUGCGUUUCCGACGAGCCCGGAGAAGGGGACGGAAAGACUAGAGCGCUGGCCCCCCAAACCUUAAGCCGGGAGGAGAAGCGCAGGAGGCGGCGAGCGACAGCAAAGUACCGCUCGGCACACGCCACAAGAGAGAGGAUCCGGGUCGAAGCUUUUAACGUGGCUUUUGCUGAACUGAGAAAGUUACUCCCCACACUGCCCCCGGAUAAGAAGCUGUCCAAGAUUGAAAUUCUAAGGUUAGCCAUUUGCUACAUCUCUUAUCUGAACCAUGUACUGGACGUUUAGUGACUUUAUGAAUUUUACUUUUGAAAAAGCGGAAUACGAAGAAGAAAGAAAAAUCAAAGUACAUUUGGCUCCCGCGGGAUGGAAAUGUGGAAGAAAAGAACAACUUCACCGGUAUUGUAACUUCAGUAUUUUCGUUUAAGAAACAGCGGCAGUGUUUACAGAGAAAUUAGAAAGGAAGGCGCGCUGCUGUUGUCGACUCCAAGCCCAAAUUCUCCGGCAAAGCAAAAGCAGAAUUUCCCGGUAUAUGAAAAAGAACCGAUACCUGUAAACACAAUCUGUUGUUAAACUAGCGAAACAAGAAUGCAAUAAUUUAGGGGAUACGAAAGAUCUCUAGACAGGGUCUUGGAUACAUUCUUUCACAAAUUCAUCUAGAACUUGUCCCAGAUAUUUGUAACGUUUUUGACUUUAGUUACGAAAAGUCCAUUCGGAGUGGUAAAUUUCAAAAGAUGGACACGAUUUAGACGAAAGAGGGGAAAUAGCUGCUUAAUAAUAUGUAGUUACGAUUUCCUAAAAGAGGAAAAAUAAAUGAAAAUAUUUAAGUGCCACUUCUUCUUAAAAUACAUCAGAAUUGUGACCUUAAUAUUUAUUUAUUAUCUUUGCUUCUAGAUUUAUAUUAUUUAUUUAUAUUGCUGUUUUUAUUUUAUUUUUUUACAGUCCGUGUCUUUUGUAUGACCCGUUGUUUACAUUUAAAUGUGUAUGUAUAAUUAUCUAUAUUUUAGUCUGUGUUUUUGGAGUAUAAAAGUGAUAUUUUUGCUCUCCUAUUGCACUUGUCAGUGGUUAUUUUUAUGUUGAAAGUAUGUUGUAAAUUGAAUCGUAUGUCAAUGUUUUUUUGGGGUUUUCAUCUGUCCAUGGCAACGAUAAGCACUUCUAUCUGGGUAGAACCCUUAGAUAACUUGUUGAUAUCAACAUUGUUUAAACGUAGCUUUUUUUCUGAAAAACGUCUUAAGGGGAUGGCUGCUUGGAAUUUAAUAUUACACAAAACUCAUUGGUCCCAAAAGGCAAUAAAAAUGAAGUCUUUCUCCAUUCACAAUUGUCAUGCACAAGACUGAGAUUUGGAUCUUAUGAGUCCGACAAACACGGCUGGAGCUUUCAGUUCAGUUUUGAAAGUCUUGGGAUAUAGCUCCCUCGACCAAGGUUAAAUUCCAGGUUGCCUUUCCUUUGCUGCGACCAAAAAUAGGAAUUUUCGAUUAAGUCUGUGGGUUGUUUUUUUAGUUUGUUUUUAAUUACGUGUGAGUGUCUCUGCUGUGAACCUCUUUAAUACAAUAACUGAUUUUAUAGUGAGGAAAAACGACAUAUCUGCUAUCCAAAGAUUUUUGUCUUUCAGGGUUUUUAUCGUGUCUUCGUUGCUUUAUAGCACAUAUUUUGUAGUGAAGUAGCUAUAAUAAGCUGGUUUCUAACGAACACAGUUUUUCAUAUCUUAAUGGUGAGCUGUUUUGAAAAUAAAUAUCUAAAAAAGUAA